CGACGUGUUGACGACACUUCGACUAGAUCACAACGCCAUGGGCGAAGACGGCGGGCGGCACUUGAUGUCCAUGUUACUGGAAAACGAUUGUCUCACAGUGCUGACGUGCUCGGGAUCUUCUUUCGUGGACGUGCCGAAGAAGAAGAGGAAAUCCACCACGAAACACGGCGUCGCGGCGUUCAAUUCGCACAAUCCAGACGGCCGAUACACGCUAAAUCUCGACGACACGGGUGAGCGCGCCAUCGCAUCAAAGUUGUGGCACUUAGAAAGCGAGAAUCCUGGAAGCAUGACGAGCGCUAAAAAGGUUCCUUCGGGUGUGGAUGUGCUGGAUGAUUUCAAGCGCGAAGGCUUGAGCGGCGUCUCGCGCGGCGUGAUCGAGAUUCAAUUCGUCACGAGCGCAGCGCGUUUGGCGAGACGGCCUGUGGUCAUCGAAGACGAAGACUUUGAAAAUAUCUUGAGGCAACUUCGAAGCAAUCGGCUUUCAGACUUCGAGCGGCUCAGUCGACUCAUGCUGUUUUGCCGCAGCUACUACUUUGAAACCUCGCACGCCGCGAAACUUCUAGAUACCUUUAUUCUCGAAGGCACCGAUCGCUUACAAGCCGCCUCAGCUAUUUACGCGCGCUUACUUGAUGCUGAAAACGCUGAGAAGAUGUUCACAUCGAAGUUUGAGUUCGAAAAGCUUCGGAACAUACUUGGUUCUUACGCACAUUUUCGCGCGGCGAAUCCCACAGGGCGGUACGAUUUAAACUUAGCUGUCGACAUAGACAGAACGAUCGCUUCGACGAUGAUGGACAGCGCAACGUUCGAAGGGCGACGCCGAACGUGGCGAAACGUGCGAUUGAAUCGGACGCGAAUCACGGAUGUGAUGCCGUCAGGUGUUCCCGAGUCGCUCAUGCGAUGCAUGCCAAACGUCGGCACGCUCGAAUUCGAUUACACGAGCAACAUUCGCGCGUCAGAAAGCGCGAUGGCGGAAACCGAUGAGAAACUUCACACGUUUCUGCAUUCAGUCGCAGUCUUGACCAACUCAACGAGCGAAUGGGCGGCCGUGAGAUCAGUGAGGGCGCUUUACGCUCUUCGCGAGGCUUCGGUGCGCGUGCACGUGAACGCACGUCAAUACCAGAGAGUAUGCGACGCUUUUCCACCCGGUCCCGAUCGCGUAGAGGCGGCCGUGAUCUUAUUCAAUCGCGUGAUCGACCACGCCAACGUACCCGCCGUCGUCGGUCGGUAUUCAAGUUUCGAGCAAAGUAUUUUUGGCGCUCGCAUGGGAUGGAGAAACGUCCUCGGCGAUUCGCCGCAGGCGUUCACGAUGCACUACAGACUCGAUCUGAACUGCGACGAGCAAGCGAGCGUGGCGAAGCACUUAGUCAGCGCCGCGGUGCGUGAUUACAAAGACGUUCAAGUCAUACGUAACGUCACCAUCAACGGUCGAAGACUUCCUCGCGAUCCCGUCGAGGACGACACCCUUUGGAGCGUGCUCACCGCCGAAUCCUUCACCCCCGUGCUCGAAUUCGACUACUUCGGCGCCGACGUCUGGGACGUCGUCCGUCGAGAGUUAAACAUCACCGAAAUCCCCGACGAAAAGCCCGAGCGCGAGGCCGCGCUCAAGCGUCUCGCCUCCCGGCUCGCCUUCCUCCGAGCGUCCACCCUCCAGUGCGCCUGGAUCGAGCUCGCCGCCGCCGACGCCGCCCUCCCUCAUCCAACCGGCGACGCCUCGUGGCGCAAAUCCUGGCACGAAACCCUCCGAAUGAUUUGUCGCACCGAGCACUCCCACAGCUCUAAAUCUCCGCUCCGUCUCAUCUUCGACUUCCUCGACGCCGACGGUUCCGCCUCCCUCUCCAUCGACGAAUUCGUCGCCGGCGCCUCGAGCGCCCUCGGCCGUCCGAUCCCUCGCGCUUUGCUCGCGCCACGGGGACGAAGAUGACGCCGUUGGAACAGAGCGUGAAGACGUUCAAGGCGAAAUAUCCGGGGACGAUGCUGAUGAUCGAAGUCGGGUACAAGUAUCACUUUUACGGCGAUGACGCGCGGGAUGCGAGCAAGGUUUUGGGAAUAUUCGCGUAUCAGUCGAGGAACUAUCUCACGGCGAGCGUGCCCGUGGUGCGGUUGAACGUGUACGUGCGACGGUUGGUCAAGGCGGGGUAUCGAGUGGGGGUGGUGAAACAGACGGAGACGGCGGCGUUGAAGGCGAGCGGGGAGACGGGGAAUAAAUCGGGGCUGUUUGAACGGAAAUUGGUUGGAUUGUACACGAAAGCGACGUUAGACGCGGGAGCGGCGUUGUCGGACGCGGGCGACGACGGGGAAAAGUCGAGCAUGGCGUCGGGGGUGUUGUCGAAUCAUUUGUUGUGCGUCGCCGAGGAUCGCGUCGCGGGCGGGGCGUCGACGUCGGCGUCGACGCGCGUGGGAUUGGCGGCGAUUGAAACAAGCACCGGGGACGUACUGAGUGGAGAGUUCAUGGACACCAUGCAACGACCUGGGUUGGAGUCGCGGUUGUUGUGCAUUUCACCCGCGGAGAUCGUUCUCGUGGAACCAAUUAGCGAACCGACGGCGCGUUUAAUCAAGGCGAUGUACGGUUCAGGCGCGAACGCGGCGCGCGUGGAGCGCGUGACGCGAGACGAACUCACUGGCGUCACGCUUACCGGUACCAAGGCGGAGGAGGCGACACCCUUGGUGCACACCGCACUCUGCGCGGGCGCCAAGUAUCUGAGAGAAUUCGGACAAGCUGAUAUUCUUCAUCUCGACGCCGCGUUUCGCCCGCUCGAGGGCGCGGACGAAAUGAAACUCUCGCCGAAUGUUUUGCGUCAACUCGAGGUUUUGACGUCUUCCGCGGGAACGUACAAGGGAAGCUUACUUUGGUUGAUGAAUCACACCGUCACACCCAUGGGUGGUCGCUUGCUGCGUCACUGGGUGAGUCAUCCACUGCGUUCAAAGUCCGCCAUCGAAGGCCGACUGGACGCCGUCGACGCGCUGCGCGAGUUGACGUCGUUUGAGGAAGGAUCGAUGAUGGACCACGACAAAGUGAGUCACAACACGUUCAACGGAUUGAAGAUUCAACUAAAACAGCUCCCAGAUCUCGAACGAAGUCUCGCGCGCGUGUUUCACGGCACGGCAACGCCCGGUGAGUUCGUCGGGGCUUUGACGUCGCUCGCAAAAUUCAGCGAGUCGUGCGCAGCGAUGCGCGCGAGCGUCUCUGGGGAGAUCAAGUCGACGUUGCUGGAAGCGCAAAUCGAAGCCGUCACCGAUCCUCUUCUUCACGCGUUAGCAGACCAGUUUUUGAACGCGCUGAAUCUGGAGAUUGCGUGCGUGGACAAGCCUUCGAAGACGAAGAUUGGACUCUUCAAGGACGACGCGGAAAGCUUUCCGGAUUUGCACGCCGCCACUGCGGCGGUGGAGGAGGCGAAGCGCGCGAUGGACGAUUUACUCCCGGAACUGCGCCGUAAGCUCGGCAUGCCGCGUCUUGGUUACACCACCGUAGGCGGUGUUGGCGGCGGCGAGUGGCUCAUCGAAGUCCCCAUGGAUCGCUCGUGUCCGACGACGUGGAUCAAGGUGAGUUCGAACAAGAGCAAAAAGGUUGUACGCUACCACCCGCCGGAAGUCACGGAAGCGGCGGCGGCGUUAGAAUGCGCGAAUGAACGACACAUGUUUGCCGCCGAUGCGGCAUGGAAAGAAUUUCUGUCGUCGUUUCGAGACAACUACGCCGCUUUUCGAUCGGCGACGUCGGCUGUGGCGACGUUGGACGCGUUGCACGCGUUGGCGAUUCUGUCAAGAAACGAAGGAUACGUCCGACCAGAAUUGCUCGACGAUUCCGCGCCACCAUCUCUGCACGUUGUCGAUGGUAGGCAUCCAGUGCUCGACGCGCACCUUUUGGAUGACUUUGUGCCAAACAGUAUCGACCUCCACGGCGACCGUACGCGCGCUCUCGUGAUCACCGGACCAAACAUGGGUGGGAAGAGUUGCUACAUUCGUCAAGUGGCGUUGUUGAGCGUGAUGGCGCAGGUCGGGAGUUUUGUUCCAGCAAAACAGGCCCGCCUCACAGUGCUCGAUGCAAUCUACACGCGCAUGGGAGCGAGCGACAAUCUCGCCAUGGGUUCAUCGACUUUCCUCGAGGAAAUGUCCGAGGCGUCAAACAUUUUAGAAAUGUGCACGCCGAGAUCGCUCGUCAUCAUGGACGAACUCGGUCGAGGGACGUCGACGCACGACGGCGUCGCCAUCGCGGCCGCCACGCUCGAACACCUCGUUCGAGAUGCAAAGUGUUUCACGCUAUUCGUGACGCACUACCCAUCGGUCGCGCGCGACGUGCAAGCCAAGUACCCGACGCACUGCGCGUCGUGCUUCACGUCGUACGUCGAACUUGAAGGUUCGUCGGAGGAAAUGCCGCGAAUUCAAUUCCUGUACAAGCUCACCCCGGGCGUCGCCCAUCGCUCGUUCGGUUUAAACGUGGCUCGCAUGGCGUGCUUACCGCCCGCGGUGAUUCAAUCCGCCGGCGUCAAGGCUUCCGAAUUAGAAAUCACCACCGCUCGUCGAGCGCUCGCUCGUCGAGCGUUCAACCGCGAAACCGCCGACGCGUGCGCCUCGGCGACGUCCUCCGUCCUCGCCGCCAUCGCCUCGGGCGAUCACGCCACCAUGAUCGCCGCGCGUGCGGCCGCCACCGCCGUCCCCGACGCUCGCGUCUGA